GUUGAGCAGAGCUCAUAUCGCAUUGUUGACGAUUGUUGGUGGCUUGUAAAUAUAUACUUAUGUGUAUGUUGUGAAACAUUCUGGUGAAGUUGUGCUUUUCUUCAUCACUAUUUAUUACAAUUGGAGUAGAAUUUCUUCAAUUUAUUUACAUAAUUUAUGAAUUUGAUUAAUGUGAGAGUGGUUGCAGUUCUUGCACCUGGCAUAUUCGUGGAAUUUUUCGCAAGAGUUCAACUAACAAUACUUGUGCGUGCCUACUUCGUCACGGCUGCUCCCUAGGAGUUAUUGUUGCGUCUUGAGAACACGUUCAACGGCGAGUCAGUUGAAAUAAAUUGUUAUGUUGUGUAGUUUUAUUGAAAGGGUCAAACCGGUUUAAUGCCACAAUGAUCGCCACCAACAAGUACUUAUAUGUGCGUGUGUGCGUGUCUGUAUGUAAGUGUGUAGCAGCGUGCUAGUAGGUACCCGAACAAUGAACAUAUGAUCAACAAUCUUUUUAGAAUUGGCGUAUUGAGUGCAGAGGACUAUUGUGAAAUUUAAAACACAUCAUUUUGUGCAUUCGUAAGCAAUCUUAACUGCUGUUGGGGCAAAUGUGCAACACCAUUUUUAUAUCAACAUUAAAUACAGUUCACACAACCUGGACUGGAAACCAAUGUAAACUUACAAAAUGGCAUCAAACAACCUAAAUACAAAUUCAACUAAUCCACAAAAUCGGCCAGCCGAUGAAUUGGAUUUGGAAUUUCCUCUACACGCCUCCAGCAUCCAUCCGUAUCCAUCGAAUUUCCUAACAGCGUCGAAGCAUCACCCCUCCACUGGUAGUUUGGCGGAAAAUAGCGCAUCCUCUGUCGGCACACAGCAUCAUCAAUACCACUACAUACAGUAUCCGCCGUAUUACUAUCACAUAGGUGGGCAGCCAAAUACAGCGCAACGGCAGCAACAACCGUUAGGCGGUUUGCCGGAAGUUACCUGUCAUUGUCAUUGCUCUUGCGGUGCACAACAACAACAGCAGCAGCAGCAACAACAACAACAACAACAACUAUGGAAUCAACGACAAUAUUUGCAACGAAAUAUCUCCGCCUCUACUUCAGCCAUUGGCCAAAGACACCAUGAGGUUACUGAAGAUUCGAGUAAAAUUGUAGUGCAAGUACAUUGUCAGUCCAAUGAUGACGCGGAUUGCGAUCGCGAGCUUAAUACACAUGCUCCAACCAAGGCACAGUCGGACCAAUCACUACUCAACCAUUCAUACCAAACGUUGCAGCUGCAAUCUGCAAAGGAAGAUAAACAAUUAAACGUGUUGCGUAAUUCCAAAUUAAAUAUCAGUUGUGAUUGUGAUUUGGAAUGCACUUGUGAUGCUCAAAGACUGUGCGGCGGUGCUGACGACGAAACUGCUAUUAUAAACUCUAAAUCGGCUGUCAAUGAUGACAACUUGGAUACAGAUGUUUUGGACACACCAUCGCCGUUGAAAAACCAUAAGCAAUGCCAGCUGGAAGCGAUGCUUGGCGCUGAUGAGAUCACGGUCAGCGAGUCGGACAAUAAUAGCACCAUGGUUAAGAGAAAGAAAACAGGUGGUACAAGCACCAAAAAUGAGUUGAACUCUUGGUGCCGUAUGCAUGAUCCCCAUUCACCAACGGCGGGUGGUAAAAAUUGCGAGUGUCAUUAUAAUUCGAGCCACAUAGAAAUCUACAGUGAUGGCGACAGUAAAGGCGGUCACGACUCCGUUGAUGAUCAACGACCACCAUUACCACCACGUCCACCGCCUCCACAGCGCUUACGGAGUGCAACAAUGGCAGGAAAUGGUGCGCAUCGUCACGGUCCGGGCAUAAAGAAAUACGUUGUGUGGUGCCUUAUCUGUGGUGGCUUCUCAUGUCUGCUAGGCGUACUAUUUCUGGGCGUUUACUUUCUAUUGCAUUCGUACACCAUUACCGUGGGCAAUUUCGAAACGGUGCCUACUUUUGUGCCAGCAACCAUGUUAAUGCUGACUGGAAUCUGCAUAAUGUGCUUGGCGCGUCGACGGAAUCGAUACAGUUAUUUGAUCAAACUUUCCGGCGUUUGUGGACUUAUCUCAGCAUUAACCUGCGCACUUGUCACCGUUACCACCACAGUUCUACAUAUGAGUCGCUUGCAGGCGUUACGUGAAUGUGAAUAUGCGCAAAAGACCCGAACAUGCACUUGCUAUUCGGAUAUGAUCGAGUCUCAAGUGGAUCGUGUAGACAAAGGAGUUCGCCUGGUGUUUGAUUCACUAUCUGAUUGUGGUGUCGUGCAUGGUUCUCUCUACUCCUGUUUACGUGCUAUAUUUGGCCUAUCUGUGGCCGGUGUUUUAGUCGCUGUCUUUAGUUGUAUGCUCGUCUAUCAGCUACUAAGUCACGAGCGUAAAAAGAUGUACUGGGAGCAAUUGGAGUUACGCUGUCGUUCAUUGUACACCAGUCAACAAGGUCCGCCGCCAAAUAUGGCCGCUAUGAGUGGUGGUCGUGGACCGAUUUGUCGUUGUUGUGAACAGUGUCAUCUGCAUCGGCAAAUACCACUCCAAACGACGGCAUACCCUUGGGACGAUAGUGGCGAGCCACGUUUCUGGACCGGUCAGCCACCUGGUAAUUUUUACUCACCCAAUCCAGGCGGUGAUGAUCUGCAUAUGGGUAAUUCAGGCACGACAUGCCGGGGGCAUGCAAGUGCUACUGGCGCACGUAGUCGUACAACAGGUUGGAGCUGGCCACGCAUGCCUUGGCAACGAAAUUCUCCCAUACCCAACAACAGACCAUUUCGACAAACACCAUCCAGUCCAGAUUCUCAGUAUGGUUUCACAAAUAAUGCACAGGCAGUCGCCGAGAAUGUGAUGUCAGAAAUCGAAGCUGCCCCAGGUCUUCCACAUAACUCUUCAGCGCCGGCUUUUAACGUUGUUAGUGGCGCACUUCCAUAUGGUGUUUGGGGACCGCCACCGCCAUACAGCGAUCCCAAUAGUCCUGCGCGUCGUGUCUAUUAUCAAUAUAUACAACAAAAUCAAUGUGGCAAUAAUAUGAAUACAGCCAAUAGCAUAAGCCAUAACAAUACCAAUGCGUCGUGUGAAAAUAUUGUUGACGCCCCAAAUGAACAGCGUAUGCCUUGUCUUAAUCACCGUUCAGUUUUCUUGGAACAACAACCACUUCAACACAAUAGCAAUGGCAAUAAUUGCUGUCCAACGGCUAGUAUGCGAAGAAAUUUAGCAAAGCGUCGAACGGCUGGUGGUACAGGUGCUGGGAGUGGUAGCAGCGGCGAAGAUGCUCUGAAAACAAAGACUAGCGAGGGUGAUUAUGAGAAUACACCUUCUGAGAGUGAUGGCUGCAAUAUGCGAGAUCGCUUUUCCAACACAUUACCAACACGGAAAGUGAAGAAACGUAGCGACGUCAGUGCGAAAUCUGGCAUUAUUGGAUCUACAAAUCCUCAACCAGCGCCACGUCUUUCCAUGCAACAGGUCAACACUCAUAACGAAAUCAAUUCUGCUAAUGAAGUAUCUAAGUCGACACUCGACGAUAAUGAGCACAUCGACGAAAUCAUUGAUAAUAUUUGCGAUGAGGACAUUAACAAUGGAACACCCGGCAGUUGUGCUUCUACGAGUGUUAGCACAAGAGCUACACUGCGUCGCAGUCGCGGCAUUGAGAAUAAUGGUUUCCAGUCAAACAACGAAAGUGUCGGUGUAUUCGCCAAGCCUUCGGUGACAAGAGAGUCAGAUGCCCUUGUGAUAUCAGCCGAUAUGCAUACGACCACUGAUCCAGCCGAGUCGGAGGUGUACUUUGCCGAUGUGAGUAGUUGUUGCAAUAUGUCUCUAAAGAACGAUAACUAUUACGACGAGGCGCGUCAAACUGUACAUCAUGUAGCUUCCCAGCAUCACCAUCAACAUCAGCACAGUAAUUGUAGUCAAAACAGUAGCAGUACUAACGAAGACUACUUGGCGCAACGCUUCGGACAGCGGGAGAACUCAAUUCGUAGUCGCCUGCCAUUUCCACAGACACGUACCAACAACGACUACGAAGAAAAUCUAAAUACAAACCAUGCAAAGGACAUCGGCGGCAACAUUACGCCAGUAAAUCAAAUGCAAAAGGAAAUAUCACGUCAAAGUGUGUGCUCGGUAGAAUCAGAGGCAAAAACUGAAUGCACCGACUUGUCACCGGCCACGCCGUGCAGUAAUAAACUUGCCCAAACUAAUUUCGAUAGCAAAAACGCGACUAUUAAUGAUAAUAAUGAGACUGUUAUGACGCAACGUACAGCUGGUGGUGCGCUGCCGAACUUUGUUGCCAAAUUCCCAUAUUCUUCCGAGUCACAAAGUCUAGAAGCACAUCGACGAUCAACGAAAGAUAUACAUGAUCUUAUCAUCUCUUCGGAAGCACAUUACGAAGUCAUCAAUGACAAUCCACAACCAACAUUGCCUUGCCAAUUUACCACACAACAACAAAAUACGCGUAUUAACAAGCCACAACCACAACGUCCAACAAAUCUGGCGACAAACAAAACAAAAACGAAACAUGGCGUUAAGACGCGUGAUCGCAUAGAGGCCAACGUUCACACCACUAACGAACGAGAUUGGCCGAUCGUCAGUGGGGUAGGUAAUGCUAGUAAAGUUACUGGCGGCGGAGGCGGAUGCAGCAAUAACGAAAGAAAGUGUUUGUGAGAAGAAGUUUUCGUAUAAAAUCCUGUGAUCCAGUGAGAUGAAAUGCUUUAGUAUAAUAUAAGGAUAAGAAGGUUGAUUUGAGCAACUCUAAUUUUAAUUCGAUUUCAAAGGAAUCGUGAGUGAACGCUACUAUGUGGUGUUCAACAUAAUAAUUUUGUAAUGGUGCGAAUUCGUAUAUAUAAUUUGUUUCUUGUUUCGAGUACGGGUUGUAGCCAAAGGUAUUUUAUAGCAAAAUAGAAUGAGCCAAGUUUUAUAAAAUGAAAGACCACAGGUAUGUACAUAAGAUAUGGUAGAGGCAAUUUGCCUAACAUAUGUUCGACAAGUACAAAGAAUAUCGAGUUUGAAUAUCAGUACUGGGAAACUAACCUGAAAAAUAUGUGAACCUUUAAAAAAAUCUUUCACAUUUUUAAUAUUAAUUGAACUCAUGGUUUCUGUUAUUUUAAGACUGCCACAAAAUAAUGUUCAUCAUCUCAUUUAUAUUACUGAAUUUUAUUUCUAAUAUUUUAUUACAUACUACCAUAACUACAUAAAUCUUUAUUUACAUGUAAGUUCGUUCCUUAGAGGCGUCCAAUCAUGAUCACUUCAGCCGUCCAUCAGCUCCCAACUUUUCACGAAUAAGUAAUCUUGCCAUAUUAAUACAGUUAUUAAAGGUCUCAAAUGCUCAUAUCUAAUCUUAUUAAUUACAAUAAUAUGAAUAGAGUAUAAAUAUAUAUACAUAUAUGCAUAU